CAUGAGCAAGUAAUGAUCUUAUUUGUUGUGAAUGGUAUAGAUUAAUUAGAGAUAGUUACCAUGGCACACAAACGGAAGACUUUAUUUGUUAUGGAGGCGAUCACACCAUCUAAUCUUCAAUGGUAUUGAUUACCAUGUCACUUCACGAUUGAAUGAAAUAAAAAAAAUAAUAAUAAUCAUUUAAAUCAAACAUUACAAUAUAACAUAAUGAAAUCGAACCAAAUUCAAUAUCUAACCGUUACCUUGCCCCUCACUCAACCAAGAAAAUAAACACUACCCACAAAAGAAACACAAAACCAUCAACAAAAAAACCUUAAUCCGUGUCUUCCAUAAAACCAACCAAUCAAAACUCACUAAUCAGAAUUAACUUAAUUAUUCGGAUUAAUGACGUGUCAAAAAUUACAGUUACUAUAGCCACGUCAGCCUCUUUCUCCAACCGCCUUACCCCCCUCCAUUUUUCAGUCUCCUAUAAAUAACCCCCAAACUCCAUACUGCCAUGCAUUCUCCUUCUCAACUGCACCAAAUAUUUCUCAAUUUCCUCUUUCUUUCUUCAAUCCUAAUUCUCCGAUUUUAGUUCUUUUGGUGUUGAAUUUGAAUCGAAAUGGCUCGUACGAAACAAACUGCACGUAAGUCGACUGGUGGUAAGGCUCCGAGGAAGACACUUGCUCAAAAGGCUGCAAGAAAAUCUGUUCCUAGGUCCGGUGGUGUUAAGAGGCCUCAUCGUUACCGUCCUGGAACUGUUGCUCUUCGUGAAAUCCGUAAGUACCAGAAGAGUACUGAGCUUUUGAUCCGUAAACUCCCAUUCCAACGUCUUGUUCGUGAAAUCGCUCAAGAUUUUAAGGUUGAACUAAGGUUCCAGAGCCACGCAGUGUUGGCAAUCCAGGAAGCGGCCGAGGCAUACCUUGUGGCUUUGUUUGAGGACACUAACUUGUGCGCCAUUCAUGCUAAGAGGGUCACCAUCAUGCCUAAGGAUGUUCAGUUGGCUCGUCGUAUUCGCGGCGAGCGUUUCUAAGGAGAUCGUGGAUGGAUGCAUGAUAGACAGCUUUAGGGAGGGCUUAUAAUUCACAAAAAAAUAGGUUUUAGUUGGUGUGGUGUGAAUAUAAUAUUAAACUCUAUUAUCAAGUGUUAGAAUAUGUGGUACUUUUUUAGUUUGAUGUUAUCUUUUGAAGGUUUUUAAUUAGGGUAAUCUAGAAUAAAUUAUCAGUGAUUUAGGUUUGUGUGAAGUACUUAAUGAAGUAAUUGGUUUGUGUGAAGUACUUAAUGAAGUAAUUUCUAAUGUUUCGAUUAAUAGUAAUUUAUGAUUUUUUUUUUUAAUUUUUUUUUUAUUUGUGCUUAUGUUUUGAUUAAUGAGUAAUUUCUUAUGUGUCGAUCAAUUUUUGUUAAAAGAUUAAGAAGAUUGGCUUUGUUAACUUUGCUGGUUAAAUUCUUUAUUAAAUUGGUAUAAAUGAGACAAAUGGUAGGUUAAAAUUUCCUGAUCCACUUAAAAAUUAAGGAAUAAAGUUAUUAAUUUACAAGUUAA